AUGGAUAUCCGACAAAUCUUGGAAGACACAAACUUCUAUCCCAAUUUAACUGCCGCGCUGUUGGCCUGUUCUCUAGACAAACUCGACAAUCCAGCAUUGAAUUUACAAAUCUUUAUCCAAGAAGGGAAUAGCGCUGAUGGUGAAAGAUCGGAUACUUUCGAAGCCAAUGAACAACCCGUCAUGCAGUCAGGACACCUUCUCUCACAUAAAAUCCCUCUUCGCAUUGGCACGGCCACGUGCAGCAUCGAUCCUGCUAGUCCUAGCUUUGACUCGAGAGAGGCAUCUCCAGAGUACCGUAUACCAACCAAUCGGAGACGCAUCGAAGUUCAAAGAAGUACCAAGAGUCAUCAGACUCAUAAGAGGCACGGAGGUUUGAGGUUGGCUGCGGUAAAAGGGAAUGUUCCGGUAGAAGAUGACGGAGUUGAGAACGAAAGUCCGAGACAGAUGCAGGUCGGCCAAGAGAACUUUCCCAAAAGGGUCAAGGUUAAGCACGAUGGCGUGUUUCAUCCACGAGAGUCUUCUCUGGGAAAGUUUAUUGUCGGAGUUUGGGAGCAGAUACAUUCCGGGCUGAUUCUCGAACCGCAUGUUCUUACGGAACAAGUUCAAGCUACUUCUCACUCGUCGUGGAACGGUCUCUGUAGGGACGUUGUACCGACAGCUUCAAGUAUGCGACCUGAUGACACUUGGGAGUCGUUCAACCGAAGUAAUCUGUUUUGUCGAAGAGUCACCCAAGCCAGCCGCACAUGUCGGUCCAUCGAAGUCAUUGUUCAAGCACGGUGGGUUGAGCUAUUUGACUCUUACGUCAGGUACCUUGCCAGCACGAAUGCAAAUUUGUCAAUGACAAGAAGUCGUAUGAGAGCUAUAACAGAAGCGUGCAAGGACUUUGGCUGGAGCGAGAAGGAACUUCGAAACAAGAUGGCUAUUUGGCGAGGAUACAAAGAGAUCAAGGAUGUUCUUGGCUGGGUGGCGCUGGUCUUUUCUGGGAUGGGACUCUAUCGACUGUGCAAGUAUCGCGUUGACUUUGACAAGGACAAGUUUUCCCGAGCGCGGGCUUUGGGAAUAAGAAUGGAAGUCGCUGCUGAUACUCUGCAUAAAAAUUGGCGGCAGCUUUUGGCCAUUGUUGGUGAGUCGACAGAAACACGUUUUCUUGGACAUCCUCACGACUGGGUAGUUCAUCAAGAUGGCUCAGACCCAGUUCCUCUCCGAUCGACGUACCUAAAAUACGAUUCAAACUUCACAUUCGAACAUGUCGAUGAGUCAGUCAUUGACACUUCGUCGUGGGGGGCCGAUGAUCCUCGUUGGACUCCGUCAAGUGCUGUAUGUGUUUCGGGCGUCAAUAUAUGCGGUUUGUGCAACGAAGUCCAAUCCAAUGAAGGCACAACCAACGCCUGCAAAUGCUUUCCCAAUCUUUUCGGCGCCCCAAGGUUACCAAUUGCAGUCCAAGUCUUUCGUACAUCCAACGGCCGCAACAACGGCCUUCAAGCCUUGGUAGCCUUUGAAAGAGGCACUGCAAUUGGGGAGUUUGUCGGCUUGGUCACGAAAGACAUCGAAGAACAAGAUGUUAUGGAUAGCAAAGUCGGCGGAAGAAGAUAUCAGAUCUGGCAGGGAAGGCAGGGAAACUUUACCCGGUUUGCAAACCACAGUUGCAAACCAAAUGCGCAGUUUGAGAAGUUUGUCUGGCUCGGUACUCAGCACGUACUACUCGUGAGCAAAGGCAUUGAAGCGGGGAUGGAGAUCACGGUGGAUUAUACCGAGAGUUAUUGGCGUGGUUUAAACAAGAAGUGCCUCUGUGAGUGA